AUGUCAGAAGACUAUUAUUUAAGUAUUUUGAAAGAAGGCAUCAAUAAAGAAUUUAAUUUUUACCCAUAUGAUUCAUUUAGUGAUAUAAAUCUAAGCGGAUUCGGAGGUUUUGGAAAUGUAUAUCAAGCAAAAUACCGAGAUGCUGAUAUGCUUGUCGCUCUUAAAUCAUAUGAAGCUAAUUCUAAUCUCAAGGAAAUUGUAAAUGAGAGAACUGUAGAUGUACAUGAAAAUAUUAUUCGAUUUUUAGGUGUAACUAAAAACGAAGGUGAUAAAUAUCUAUUAGUACUCCAAUGGGCUGACGGUGGAACUCUAAGGAGCUACCUAGAAAUGAAAUUUAUAAACAUGAAUUGGAACAAAAAAUUACAAUUUGCCACACAAAUUACUAGGUGCUGGCAAAAUGAUCCUGACCUACGUCCAACUAUGGACCAAGUAUAUGAUAGUCUAAAAAAAGUUGACUUGAAUUCUCCAGUUUUUCGAAUUACGAGUAGUAAUAUUUCCCUUCCUUCUACUACGGUUCUUCCUAUUACUGAUUUAUUAGAUAUUGAAAUUUGUGUAAAUGGAUUUUUAACCAAUAUUAUUCAUCAAAAUAAUGAUAUUUCAAUUCAACAUGAAGAUGAUUCUGCCCUCAAUUCACAAGCUAAUGAAUUAUGGAAUAUAUUUGAUAAUUCAACAAAUAUUGGAAAAGAUUUUACUCAAAUUUCAGAAGAAAUAAUUGAAUAUCAUAGACAAAAACGAAAGGAUAAUGGAAUUGAAAGAGCUACGAAUAGAUUAAAGGAAAUGUCGUCAUCAUCAAUAUCAAAACCGACAAGAUUAGCUAGCUUUUUGGUGCCUACAUUGUCAAAUAAUUGA